AUGCCAUUUGGCUCACUCUCGGUAUCCAACACGGCCAUUCCACAGUAUGCUCCUCCAUAUCCUGUGGGUGGCAGUGACUAUAUAAACAAUGAUUCGCCAAUAUCCUGCGGUCGGGAGCAAUUCGGAUUCCCUAAGAAACUUGGGAACGUGGAUUUAGUGUUGAAAAGUGGAUCGACGGUUAUUCACGGAUACGUGGAGAGACCAGUAGGUCAAAAGGUCGUUGAAGUUAAUUUCCAGCCUGAAAAAAGAGUGAAGGGCGCAGUUGAGACAACCAUCCAGGGAUUAAAUUUGCGAGUCAUCCCCUCGGUGGUUCCGGGUCACAGUCCGUCCGUCAAGGAAUUGGUACCAGUCGACAUCAGCAUGGAGGCCAGCGAGGUUUGGGAAGGCGAUGGCUCUGUCUGCUUCCCUGAGCCAUCGAGGUUCGACCCGAUGCAUGAAGUCAAAGUCAUUCGGUACGGAAAAGCGACUUUGUUGCGGAAUGCAUCCCUUGCGAUCCGUCUGCCGACACAGGUGUUCCAACUAUAA